AUGACUCGAGGUGAGAUCUGUCACCUUCACAUCGGCCAGGCUGGUGUCCAGCUUGGUAACGCUGCGUGGGAGCUGUACCUCCUCGAACACGGCCUUACCCCGGACGGACACUUCAAGCCCGAACUCGCCGCAGACGACCUUUCCCAGAACGGUUCCUACGAUACUUUCUUCACUGAGACCGCCGGCGGCAAAUACGUUCCCCGCUCCGUCUUCGUCGACUUGGACCCGUCGCCCAUCGAUGAGAUUCGCACUGGUGCCUACCGUCAGCUGUUCCACCCCGAGCAGCUGAUCAGCGGCAAGGAGGAUGCCGCCAACAACUAUGCCCGUGGUCACUACACCGUUGGCAAGGAGUACGCCGAUGAGGUGCUGGAGCGCAUUCGCCGCGUUGUUGACAACUGCUCUUCCCUGCAGGGAUUCUUGAUCUUCCACUCCUUCGGUGGUGGUACCGGUUCUGGAUUUGGUGCCCUUCUGCUUGAGCGUCUCGCCAGCGAGUAUGGCAAGAAGUCCAAGCUCGAGUUCUCCGUCUACCCUUCGCCCAAGACCUCGAAUGCCGUUGUUGAGCCUUACAACGCUGUCCUGUCUACCCACAGUACCAUUGAGAACGCCGACUGUACUUUCCUGGUUGACAACGAAGCUGUCUACGACAUCUGCCGUCGUCACUUGGAUAUCCCCCGCCCCGGCUAUGAGCACCUGAACCGUCUCAUUGCUCAGGUUGUCAGCUCCAUCACCUCCAGCUUGCGCUUUGAUGGUGCUCUCAACGUCGACUUGAACGAGUUCCAGACCAACUUGGUGCCAUACCCCCGUAUUCACUACCCCCUGAUCUCUUACGCUCCUGUGAUCUCGUCCAAGCACAGCUCUCACGAGAGCUUCAAGGUCCAGGACCUUACCUACCAGUGUGUUGAGCCCCACAACCAGAUGGUUGUCUGCGAUCCCCGCAAGGGUAAGUACAUGGCCGUUGCUUUGCUGUACCGUGGUGAUGUUGUUCCCCGUGACUGCAAUGCUGCUGUUGCCGCCCUCAAGGCCCGCGAUACCUUCAACUUGGUCGAGUGGUGCCCCACUGGAUUCAAGCUUGGUAUCAACUACCAGAAGCCCGUCACCGUCCCCGACAGCGAGCUCGCCCCCGUCGACCGCUGCGUCAGCAUGCUGUCCAACACCACCGCCAUCGCGGAGGCCUGGAGCCGUCUGGACCACAAGUUCGAUCUCAUGUACUCUAAGCGUGCUUUCGUUCACUGGUACGUUGGCGAGGGUAUGGAGGAGGGUGAGUUCUCUGAGGCUCGUGAGGAUCUUGCCGCUCUUGAGAAGGAUUACGAGGAGGUUGCCGGCGACUCGCUUGACGAGCUUGACGAGGAACAAGAAUACUGA